AUGACUACUAAUCAGUGUUCAAUUUGUUUGAAUCUUGCUGAUUUCAUAAAUACAGUGCAUGAUACUGAUGAAAACGGUGUAAAAUGGUCAAUGAAACUUCAGUAUGUUGUUCCAGAAGUGGAGUGGGAUGGUAACUACUUGAUUUGUGGAAAUUGUAUACAUGAACUGAGAGUUUCUUGUACCUUCAGGGGGCAUUGUCUGAAUAUAUUGAAAAAUGUCAAGAGUGAAACAACAAAUGAAAACUGCCCAUCAUCAAAUCUCAAAUUUGAAGAAGAAUGUGAAAGUGAUGCACCUAUGGAAUCAGGUUUUGAUAACACUGAUGUCACUGAUGAAGAUGAACAUAAAGUUUUCACAUGUUUUCAGUGCAACGAGAGUUUCAAUAAGAAAGUUGAUCUCAUAGAACACAUUGAAACUGUACAUAAUUCUCCUACUCUGAAGUAUAAACGCACUGAAAAAUGUUUAAACUGUGGACGAAAGUUUGCAAAGAAUGCUUCAUUGAAAGAACAUAUUGAGAUAUGUGAUGGAGUGAGUAGGCAUGCCCGAAUGGGUGAAAAAGAACACCAAUGUGAUAAAUGUAAAAGAUUCUACUCUACAAAGAAAAUAUUACGCCAACAUAAGAAAAGGUGUAUUAAAAAAAAUGUGGAAACUAACUACCAGUGUACAAAAUGUAAAACAUUUUACAAACAUUUGAGUUCCCUUCAAAAGCAUCAGAAAUUAUCAUGCCAGAAAGAUGAUGUACCAUUAUUUUUCUGUGAAGUUUGUGAUGAAUCUUUCCAAUCUUCCAGUACACUUGAUAAACAUUUGAUAGAAGAGCAUAAAAAUCAUAUUUUUUAUUGUAGAAUUUGUGGUGAAUCCUUCAAUUCUAGCCAAGAAUAUACUAACCACAAAAAAUCCAAACAUAAGCAAGAAAUUCUGGGUAAAGGGAGAACAUUCACAUGUGACAUUUGCAAUUCACAAUUUAAAUUUGUCAGAGCAAUAAUUGAACACUAUGGGACUGUUCACUCUGUAGAAGAAAAGCUGGUGAAACCAUACAGCUGUGAAAUUUGCAGCAAGAGAUUUAGGACCUCAACUAAUCUAAACAACCACAAACUUUAUCAUGGAAACAACAGGACAAACAUAUGCAGUAUUUGUGGAAACAGUUUCAUAACUAAAGGAGAUCUUAUGAGACAUGAGACACUUCAUUAUGAUGACAGAAAUCACAAAUGUGAUAAAUGUGAGAAAACAUUCAAAACCAUGGAUAACUUGAGGACUCAUUGUUUGAUAGUGCACACUGAUCCUAUGAUGUGGAAAUUUGUUUGUCAUGUUUGUGGUAAACGCUUUCCUCAGAGAUCCAACUAUGAACAGCAUCUGAGAAGACACCUGGGAGAGAAGAAAUUUGUCUGUGCACUGUGCAACAAAGCCUUUGUUACUAAUAAGGAAUUACAGAAACAUAUGGAUCACCAUUCAAAUGAUAGGCAGUACAGAUGUGAUCAAUGUGGAAAAGAAUUCAGACAAAAAAAUAGCCUGAACAUUCAUCUAACAAGAACCCAUGGAAUUGGUAAUGCCAAAAUACCUAUUAAAGAAAGAAAGCAUCCCUGUCAUAUCUGCCAUGCAAGGUUCUAUGAUAAGUCAAAAUUAGCAAGGCAUAUUCGUACACACUCAGGAUUGAAGCCAUUUGCUUGUUUUGCUUGUGAAAGAAAAUUCAAUGAUAAAUCUUAUUUGAAACAGCAUCUAAAGAAUUCUCAUAAUAUUUUGGAAGAUCCUGAUGGCCUCAAAAUUUUUUCAAUGGAAUAG